CAGAAGAAGAAACGCUGCCUAACAAACAUUUUCUCAGACGCUAACGAUGUUGUUUGUUAACACGAAAAGCGACUGAGGUUUUAAAAUGGGGGCGUUUUAUUGCGCCGUAUGCAGACAGACGGAUUUCUCAGGAAAAGGUCACAUCUACGGAAAAAGCCACCAGAGUAAAUUAAAAGUAGUUCUGGUUAAAUUCCUGGAUAAGGUGAAAGAAGCGCGGCGAACCCUCAAGUGUCCACAGGUGAAGAAAUUCGACGGCUCGGAGCACGAGGCUAGGUUUUGGUGUUACUGCUGCGAGAUGGAGGUGCGGAAGCACGUGACUGACGGCAAAGUCGCUGUGCUUUACGGAGGGCUGCUGGAGCACAUGAGCACUCAAGAGCACCGUAAAAACACAAACGCCUUCUGGUGGAAGAACAAAGCGGACCAUAAACACAAAGAGAAGUUCAUCAUCACCGAGCAGGAGGCUGACCGAUUCAAGGAAGAAAUUGCUAAAGCUCUCGAACGAUAUGAAGAGAAAGAGGACACGCUUAUUAAAGAACAAGCUGCUUUAAUCCGGUCGCAGGAGCAACACAGGCUGGAAGUUCUGCAGGCUCUAAUAGAGCCUGAUCCAGAGCUGCAGCAGUCUGCGGAACCGGAGCAGCAGAUCAUCCAGCAGGCGACCUGUAGCACGGGUUCAGAGCAGACGGGACGUUUUGACCGUGGACUGCGCGAGCAGGAAGACCCAAGCCAUAAUGAGCCCUUCAUGCAGAAUCAGUGGGACGAUUCAGGACAAGGCCUCACUUUCAUUGGCUAUCAGGACUGCUCUUCCGGUGGAAACGUUCACACAGGGGCAGUGCCUCCAUGGCUGCUGGAGGAUGCAGAAGACGAGCGGGCGGGUAACUCGCAGGACAUCGGUCCAUCGCUUCAGGAUUUUCUUAAACACAAAGAGCAGCAGAAACUCAAGAAGCUCCCAGCCAACCGUGUAGGCGCCAACUUCGACCACAGUUCACACACCGACGCCGGAUGGCUCCCGUCUUUCGGCCGAGUGUGGAACAGCGGCAGACGCUGGCAGUCCAGGCAUCAGUUCAGACAGGAGGUGGCUAAAAGUGGGCAGAAGAGAGGGAGCGAGCAUGGAGGUAAAGCAGCCAAGAAGCAGAAACAUCUCACUAAUGGAGACGCCUGAUCAACACAUGCUCAGGAGGAGCACGAAACUAUCUUCAAGAUUUCAGACUGUUAAGGUGCGUGUUUAAGUCACAGCACGCACGUACAGUAGAUCUAGUUCAUGUAACAUAUUAAACGCAGUUUGUAACUGUGCUGCCUUUCUCACAUUGAGAAACCUAGAUCUAAACUGCUGUGAUACGCUUGUAAUAAAGCCACAACAAUGUUGAAUUCUCAAAUCUGACUAUAUUAACGCACACUUUAUCGUUGCUAUAGCAACAGGCAUUUGUGGAAGGAGGGCAAAAAGUUUAGGAUUUUUAUUAACUAAAGAAUGCAAAUGUUUUUCUUAUUUGUGACUGAUCACGGAAUCCACGUCGGCCGAAACGAAUCCGAGAAAAUCGCAAAAGAAGCAUUUUUUUUUCGAAAUUUGUGAUUUUCGUUUUUUUCCAUAAUGUGCAAGUUGAGAUCUUGAAGAAUGCAAUCAGUAUUUCAGAUAAUAGAUUUUGUUGGAAAAGCAUACAUUUUUUGUUGCAAAUUGUCUCGUUUUUGUCAGGACUAUAGCCUGGUGUGGGUAAAUUACCAUAUGGGCCAUUCACGUGACGAUUUAAGUUUUUUUUUUUUUUUUGCCGAUCAGCUGUAUGAUGCGAGCUGAGCUCAUGGCUACUUAAGCUGCAUACAGGCGUGUAAUUUCACUAUUGAAUGAAUAUGGAGCAAGCGAAACAGAUCGCAGAGGAGCUGAAACACCGCGAAGCAAACAGACGCACGGUAGUUACAUCGGAGAUGACCAUUUCUAGCAAAAAAACCGCAACCAAAAGGAAGUGUUCUAGGACUACAUUCCAUCUGAGGCAUUGAUGUGUGCAAGGCGACGUUUCUCUUUCUGAUGGGGUAGGUUUAUUAAUCUAAGGUUGUGUUGUUAUUUUUGCAUGUAACGGAGAGUGUUGUGGUUUGGUUACAUGAAACUAGCAUUGUGUUAUCUUUCUAACGUUUUGGGCAUACUUUGCAUGGAAGGAAAAUUGACGUGGUGAUCUUUGAAAGUAGCAUCGUGCUAGCUAGUAGGGCUUUCCUUAAUGUCAUGCAAAUGAGCACCAUUAUGUGCCCGCCCUGCACCCAGAGUAACUGAGGCCCUGUUUACAUUAUUUCGAAUCAGCAGAUCAUCAGAUUAACGUUUUUAAAACGAUUCGCGUCACAUGACCAACGCCAGUGAAUCAGGAAGGUGGAUGUCACAGUGACGUUGUCCAAUGACGACGUCAGCUAGAGCUCAGCACUGCGUAUCCUCGUUCCUCAAUGUUUACACAGCACCGGAUCAGAUACGUACUGGGUUGAAUACGUGGGCCCUGGCGGAUUCAAAUCGUUCCGCCUGUGGAGUCGUUUCCCGGCGUUUUAAUGUGCACGGACAGUGCAUCCGCGACGAAAACGAUACGGUCUAAUGUAAACACCACCUGAGAAGGAAAACUUUGAGGGCGAUUUUCUCCCUUUCCUGUUUUAAGAAGUAUACACUUUCAAAAGGCCACACAUUCUUCAAAUAUUGUCAGAUCUCCACAUGGAAGGCAUCAUUGGAAAGCUUAGAAACUGUACUUUCUGAAUCUGUCAAUAACUCAAAAUGCCCCCGGGCCGACAUGUGUCCCUGGAUUCCAUGAUCAGUCACAUUUUCUAAUAACUGCACAGUUAUUUCUUACUAUUCUAUGUAAAAUGCUGUUUUGUGACAUUUCCUAAACCUGCUGUCCCAUGUUUUAAAAAUAAAAAGCAGCGAGCAGGAUGAAAAAUCAAA